CUUGGCCGAUCAUCCUUACCAUCUACAACCUACUUCCCUAGUUGUGUUAGAAGCUCACAUACAUUUUGUUGCCCAUCCUUAUUUUUGGACUACAACCAAACUUUGACAUAGACGUGUUCAUGGGACCACGCAUGGAGAACAUGAACAAAGUAUGGGAGAAAAGAAUAUAGAUAAUAGGUGUGCCGGGAAAGAAGAAGUUCAGUCUAAAAGACAUUUGUCACCGUCACACCGAUUAUCCUAGACUAUUUUCACUCUUGGGGAAGACCAAAAGGAAGACUUGCUAUGUAGUUUGCCUUAAUGGUACCCGAUAUGAUCACCUUAAGGUGGAUCUAGUAAGAUGUUGUAUAUGAGGCACAAAUGAUUCUUUACCAAUCCAAUAUGACGAACAAGUACUUUCGCAAUGAGGACGUGUCGCAACCAACCCAAGUAGUGCAAGAGAGGGGUGUUUGGUGUGGGGUCAUUUGCUAUUUUGUCAUUCUCAGUUGUGGACUUCUCUAUUUUACCACCACGCACACAAAUCAUAGACAUAAAUGAUCCCGCAAGUCAGCGUGGACGUCAGGCAGGGGCGGACCUAUGUGUAGCCCAGUGAGGGCACAGGCCCCUGCUCAUUUCUCGGUUAUAAGUAAUAGUCUAGAUUUUCACUAUUAGGUCCUCUGCUCGGUCUAAUUUAAAUGUCCUCGCUCUGACAUUUUAGUGUUGGUUGUUGUAAAUGUGCUCAUGGCUCAGAAUCUGCUCGGUUUUGUUUGGUUCCCGUUUCCGAUUGCCACCCCCCUCGGAGGCUCGGACAAGCUACCUCUCCACACGAUCUGCUAAUUGCGCUAUGCACGCGUAGUGUUUUGAAGGCACGUAAGUACGCGUUAGCCGUUAGGUACCAGCCAGCCCAGCCAGCCCACCAGUCAACCCGACUGAAGAUUGACGGAAAGCACUCGAGUCAUGGUCAUGGUGGCGACAGGCUGCAUCAGCAUGAUCCUUGCAUGGUCCGUCCUCAUCUCCAUCCUGGCUGUCGGCGGCGCGGCAACGGCAAGCGACGAGGCGGCGCUGCUAGCCUUCAGGGCGGGGCUGAGCCCAGGCGCCCUCGCCUCGUGGAACAGCAGCGGCGGCUUCUGUAGGUGGUACGGCGUGGUGUGUAGCCGCCGACGCAGGCCGGGCCGCGUCCGCGUGGUGGCGCUGAGCCUGGCGUCCAGCAACCUGUCCGGCACGCUCUCGCCGGCCAUCGGAAACCUCACCUUCCUGCGGGUGCUCAACCUGUCCUCCAACGCGCUCCACGGGGGCAUCCCCGAAACCGUCGGCCGUCUCCGGCGCCUGACGGCCCUCGACGUGGGCCACAACUCCAUCUCCGGCGCGCUCCCCGCCAACCUCUCCUCCUGCGUCAGCCUGGAGUACCUGCGCCUCGAGUACAACCAGCUCGGCGGGCGCGUGCCGCCGGACAUAGGCAACACGCUGGCCCGGCUCCGGACCCUCGUGCUGCGGAACAACAGCUUCACGGGACCCGUCCCGGCGUCGCUGGCCAACCUGUCCUCGCUUCGGUACCUCGCCGUGGACGGCAACCACCUGGGCGGCCCGAUCCCGCCGGGCCUCGGCGGCAUCGCCGGCCUGCAGCACCUGCAUCUGGACCAGAACAGGCUCGACGGCGAGCUCCCGCGCUCCCUGUGGAACCUGUCGUCGCUGGUGGCGUUCCAGGUGAACUACAACAUGCUGCACGGCAGCAUCCCUCCCGACAUUGGCGACAAGCUCCCGGCCAUACAGUACCUCUGGCUGGACGGCAACAGGUUCAGCGGGGCGAUCCCUCCUUCCCUCUUCAACCUCUCAGGUCUCGUGAGCCUCGGCCUCUCGCUGAACGGCUUCACUGGCCUCGUGCCCCCCACCAUCGGGAGCCUGCGCUCCGUCACGAGUCUGUACCUGGGGGAGAACCAGCUCGAGGCAGACGACGGCGGGGGCUGGGAGUUCGUCGCGUCGCUGGCGAACUGCAGCAGCCUCCAAGUGCUCACCCUCAGCGACAACUACUUCAGCGGGCAGCUGCCGCGGGCAGUAGCCAACCUGUCGACGACGCUUCAGCAGCUCUACCUCCACAACAACAGCAUCUCCGGGAGCAUCCCGGAGGGCAUCGGCAACCUGGUCGGCUUGGACCUGCUCUCUCUGGGGAUAAACCCCAUAUCUGGCGUGAUACCGGAAAGCUUGGGCAGGCUGACGAACCUGGUCACGCUUGGCCUGUACAGCACUAGCUUGGCAGGCCACAUCCCGGCUUCUCUUGGGAACCUUACCAAUCUGGUUUACCUAGAUGCACACAACUCAGAUCUGGGAGGCCUCAUCCCAGCCAGCCUUGGGAAGCUGCACAAACUAGUCCUGCUGGAUCUGUCACACAGCCGUCUCAACGGCUCGGUCCCCAGGGAAAUCCUCGAGUUGUCCUCGCUUUCUUUGUCACUGGACCUGUCCAACAAUUUCCUCUCCGGACCCAUUCCAUCAGAGGUCGGCGCCCUGGCCAACCUCAACACCUUGAGCCUGUCAGGGAACCAGUUCACCGGCAACAUACCUGACAGCAUAGGAGGCUGCGAGGUGCUGGAGUUCCUCUCGCUUGACAGGAACACGUUAGACGGAGGCCUGCCUCAAUCCUUGGGCAAGCUGAAAGGGCUCAACGUACUCAACCUAACCAUGAACAGCCUAUCCGGUAGGAUCCCUGACGCCCUGGGCAGCAUCGGCAAUCUGCAGCAGCUGGGUCUAGCGCACAACCGCUUCUCCGGACCGGUCCCGGAGACCCUGCAGAGUCUGAAGCUGCUGUGGAGCUUAGACGUGUCGUUCAAUGAUCUGCGAGGCAGGUUACCUGACGAAGGCGUCUUCAGAAACCUCACCUACACCACGGUCGAGGGGAACGGCGGCUUGUGUGGUGGGAUACCAAGCCUUCUGCUGCCUCCAUGCCCCGCUCUUGCCGCAAGCAUGGGCAGAAAACGGUGGCCCAGGAUUCUUAACACAGCUCUGCCGGUCAUCGGAGCAGUAGUCGUGGUGUUUGUUUCGGCUGCUGUUCUUGUUCUUGUACGCCAGACCAAGCUGAAACAAAGGCGAAAGAGAGAAGCCGUAUCUGAAGUUAAUGACAAACAGUUUCAGAGAGUUUCGUAUCACACAUUGUCAAGAGGAACUGACGGGUUUUCAGAGGCUAACUUGCUCGGCAGAGGAAGAUACGGUUCUGUUUACAGAUGUACUCUAGAAGAGGAAGAGGAAGGUGCAGGUGCAGCUGCAACCGUAGCCGUAAAAGUGUUCAACCUUCAGCAAUCAGGAUCCUCAAAGAGUUUCGAGGCCGAGUGUGAGACUCUGAGAAGGGUACGCCAUCGCUGUCUCCUGAAGAUCGUCACCUGCUGCUCGAGUGCUGGUCCGCAAGGCGAAGAGUUCAAGGCGUUGGUUUUUGAGUUCAUGGCCAAUGGCAGCUUAGACGACUGGAUCCAUCCCCGGUCGAGCAACCCCACUGCAGAAAACACCCUCAGCCUUUCGCAAAGACUUGGCAUAGCUGCUGACAUCUUCGAUGCGCUCGACUAUCUUCACAACCACAGCCAUCCAUCGAUCGUCCACUGCGACCUGAAACCAAGCAACGUUCUUCUUGCAGAUGACAUGAGCGCCAGGAUUGGCGAUUUUGGAAUAUCAAGAAUCCUACCUUUAGGUACAGUAGCAAAAGCUAUGCAAAAUUCAGAAAGCUCAAUUGGAAUAAGAGGUUCCAUAGGUUAUAUCGCGCCAGAGUACGCUGAAGGCUGCGCGGUUUCUGGACUAGGUGAUGUUUACAGCCUAGGAAUACUGUUGCUUGAGAUGUUCACGGGGAGGAGCCCUACUGAUGACAUGUUCAAGGACUCCCUGGACCUGCACAGGUUUGCUGCAGCCGCUCUUCCUGACAGAGCCAUAGAGGUAGCUGAUCAGACGAUCUGGCUGCAUGAAGAAGCAGAUGGUAAUGGAGACGUGGUACAUGGAAGGGUAACAACAAGUGUCAUUCGGCAGUGUUUGGUGUCUGUGCUUAGGCUUGGCAUAUCCUGUUCAAAGCAACAGCCCAGAGAGCGCGUGUUGUUAGCAGAUGCUGUGACAGAGAUGCAUUCGAUCAGGGAUGGGUAUCUCAGAUCUUGCUCGAUGGUUGAGCAGUGAGCAGUGAAGCACUCAAAUGGAAGGUUCAGCAAACAGCAUGCAUUAUUUGUAGUAAAGUAACUAUUGCAUUGGAGAUGUUCAUAAAAAAAUGCAAUCGGAGGUGUAUACCCGACAGGUGUUGUUGUUAUUAGUUACUAGUAAUAUUCAUCAGCUAAAGCAUCGAUAACUGCCUUUGUCAAAGAUUUAUGUACACGGAAUGUUCAACAAUUAUGUCCAUCAAAGAUUAGUAAACUAAGGGCAUGUUUGGAUCCA